GUUUGCAUGGCUUGAGUACAGUUCAGUUCUAGGAGGAGGUAUCUGCAAAUACUGUGUACUUUUCCCACCAAAGAACACUAAAAUCUGUACUGGUGUGCUUGUGUCAACACCCCUAACAAACCUUAAGAAAGCUACGGGAAAAGAUGGGUUGUUGGUUAGACAUAGUACAUUUGAUUAUCAUAAACAGGCAGUAAGUGCAGGAUGUGAGUUAGUACAUGCAUUAAAUAAUCCAACCCAGACAAUACCAUAUCAAAUGUCAUGUGAGAAUCAACAGAUUUAUGAUAAAAAUCUGCACAUUCUGAAGUCAAUUGUUGGUGUUGUAUUACUGUGUGGAAAGCAAAAUAUAGCCUUACGUGGCCAUCGGGAUGACAAUACGGAAAAGUGUAGUGGCACGUGUAACAAAGGCAACUUCUUGGCUAUCCUAAAUCACAUUGCUUCGUCUGACCUAGUUUUGCGGGAUCACUUAGAGAAUGGCAAACGGAAUUCUCGAUAUACAUCUAAAACUAUUCAGAACGAAAUCAUAGAGAUUAUUGGUGACAAUAUUCGUAGACGUUUGACUGAAUGCUUGCAAGCUGAUGAUUCCUUCUUUACGAUCAUGGGUGAUGAAGUCACGGAUUCUCAUGGAAACCAGGAAGUUCUAGCUGUCUGUUUGCGCUUCCUUGACACAAUAAAGACCCCACCUGGAGUAAAGGAAGUGUUUUUUGACUUUAUUUACUUGGACAGAACAACUGGUGAGUCGAUCAGCAAUGCUAUUGUUGACUGCCUCUUUCGAAGAGGUAUAGAUAUCAGAAAAGCUCGUGGUCAGAGUUACGAUGGUGCCUCCUGCAUGUCAUCAGCCAGAGUUGGCGUUCAAGGACGCAUUAAAGAACUAGCUCCCCGUGCAGUAUACACACACUGUAAUUGCCACGUACUGAACUUAUCCAUAGCAGCAGCAUGCAAAGUACCAGCAAUCAGAAACAUGAUUGAUAGUGUCAAUGAGAUCUUCAAGUUCUUUGAUUACUCACCUAAAAGGCAGAGAUAUUUGGAAGAAAUUCUGGAUGAGAAGGAAGAUAGUCCAUCGCAGAAAAUGACCAGCCAUGGAACUGGCAUCGUGACACCAGAGUCUCAGCACAAGGCCUGCUUUCAACUCUGA